CACAUUUCGUCUUGGAAAGUUUGUCUUUGCAGGUAAAAAAGGCUUAACAUGGCCGGCGCUGGAAAAGAGCGCAAGAAGGUGGCUCAGCUACUCGAAAAGGAAGCAGAGAUACAAAAACUUUGGGAAGAAAACAAAGUUUUUGAAGCGGAUGCUGUUGAUGAUGGAGCCCAGAAAUAUCUGGUUACCUUCCCGUAUCCUUAUAUGAACGGACGUCUUCAUCUCGGACACACGUUCACUAUAUCAAAAUGCGAGUUUGCUGUUGGGUAUCAACGCUUGGCUGGGAAGAGAUGUCUGUUUCCUUUCGGUUUUCAUUGCACUGGCAUGCCCAUCAAGGCUUGCGCUGAUAAGCUGAAGCGAGAGAUGGAGGACUUUGGUUGUCCACCGAAAUUCCCGACUUAUGAAGAAGAAGCGCCCAAAGAGGAAGUGUCUAGUCUCGAUGAGAUCACGAAGGAUAAGAGUAAAGGGAAGAAGAGUAAGCUAGUGGCCAAGACUGGAUCAUCCAAGUACCAAUGGCAAAUCAUGCAAUCUUUGGGACUAAAUGAUGAAGAGAUAAAGAAGUUCGCUGAUACUGAUCAUUGGCUGGAAUACUUCCCACCACAUUGUACGUCUGAUCUGAAGAAAAUGGGAUUGAAGGUGGAUUGGCGACGCUCAUUCAUCACCACGGAUGCGAAUCCAUAUUAUGAUUCGUUUGUACGAUGGCAAUUUGGCAAAUUACAUGAGGCUAAAAAGAUUGACUUUGGUAAAAGGUACACAAUCUACUCACCAAGGGACGGGCAACCUUGUAUGGAUCAUGAUCGGUCCAGUGGUGAAGGUGUUGGACCUCAGGAAUACACUUUAAUUCAGCUGCAGGUACUCGAUCCAAAGCCUGCAAUUCUUGCCAACGUUACUAAGCCCAUCUACCUUGUCGCUGCCACAUUACGACCUGAAACCAUGUAUGGACAAACAAACUGCUACAUCCACCCGGAUAUUCAGUAUUCUGCAUUCUAUGCUGGAGAGAAAGAAGACAUGGUAUUCAUAGCAACUUCAAGAGCUGCGAGAAAUAUGUGCUAUCAAGGUCUUACUGCCGAAAAUGGUGUUGUGAAUUACGUGGAUGGAUUAGAGAAGUUCCCUGGCAGUAAGAUUCUCGGUGCUGCUCUGUCUGCUCCUCUAGCAACAUAUCCGAAAGUUUAUGCUCUUCCUAUGCUGACGAUCAAGGAUGAUAAGGGAACUGGCGUCGUAACGUCUGUGCCCUCUGACUCACCUGACGAUUAUGCAGCUCUAACAGAUCUGAAGAAGAAAAAGCCGUUAAGGGAGAAAUAUGGAAUUACCGACGAAAUGGUCUUGCCAUUCGACCCUGUGCCCAUCAUUGAGAUAGAAGGGCUGGGUAAUUUGGCUGCAGUAGAAAUGUGCAGGAAACUGAAGAUCGAGUCUCAAAACGAGAAAGAUAAGUUGGAAGAAGCGAAGAAGGAAGUGUACCUGAAGGGAUUCUAUGAUGGGGUCAUGAUCAUUGGAAAGUAUGCUGGACAGAAGACUGCGGAUGUGAAGAAAAUCAUUCAAACAGAUUUGAUUGCCGAAGGACUUGCCAAAAAAUAUGUUGAACCCGAAAAGAAGAUCAUAAGUCGCAGUGGUGAUGAGUGUGUUGUGGCGCUAUGCGACCAGUGGUACCUCAAUUAUGGUGAUCCAGAAUGGAAAGCUCAGACAAAGAAGGCAUUAGCACAGCUGAACACUUACAGUGAUGAGGUCCGCCGUAAUUUCGAAGCGACCAUUGACUGGCUACACGAACAUGCUUGCUCUAGAAGCUAUGGGCUUGGAACGAAACUGCCGUGGGAUCCACAGUACCUGAUAGAAUCGCUUUCUGAUUCUACCAUCUACAAUGCUUACUAUACAGUCGCUCAUUUGCUUCAACAAGGCUCACUGGAUGGAAGUGUUGUUGGACCGGCAGGCAUCAAAGCUGAGCAGAUGACUGAACCAGUGUGGGAUUAUAUCUUCCUCGGAGCGCCCUAUGAUGCAGCCAAGAUGCCAGUGCCAGAAGAUACUCUCAAGGCACUUAGGAAAGAAUUUUUGUACUGGUAUCCAAUAGACAUGCGAGUAUCCGGCAAAGAUCUAGUCCAGAAUCAUCUUACGUAUCUCUUGUAUAACCACGUUGCUAUAUGGCCAGAUCAGCCGGAAAUGUGGCCGAAAAGUAUUAGAGCGAAUGGGCAUCUACUUCUGAAUAACGAAAAGAUGUCGAAAAAUACUGGCAACUUCAUGACUUUGAUAGAAGGUAUUGAAACAUUUUCUGCUGAUGGAAUGCGACUUUCCCUUGCGGAUGCUGGAGAUGCUGUUGAGGAUGCGAACUUUGUGUUCAGCAUGGCUGACGCAGCUGUUCUACGCCUGUAUAAUAUGAUCGAUUGGGUUAAAGACAUGGUAGCUUUGAGGAAGGAGGGUGGCUUGCGCAAGGGUGAACCAACCACAUUUGCUGAUCGUGUAUUUGCAACCGAGAUGGACAAGAACAUACAGAUUUGUGCGGCAAACUAUGAACAAACUCUAUUCAAGGAAGCUCUGAAAUAUGCAUUCUUCGAGUAUCAGGCCCUUCGUGACAUGUAUCGAGAACUUUGUGGUGGUCAAGACGCUGCUAUGAAUGAAUCGCUAGUUUUUCGAUUUAUCGAAACACAAUCUCUCAUUCUUUCUCCCAUAUGCCCGCAUAUCGGAGAGCAGAUCUGGCAGAUUCUUGGGAAGAAUGAGCUUAUAGUGUGUGCAAAAUGGCCAGAAACACAGCCGGUAGACGAGUCCUUGGUCAAAGCUGCAGACUUCAUGCGUGAUGUUAUGGUAGACUUCCGAGCAAGAGUGAAAAAUUCCAUGAGUUCAAAAAAGAAGAAUGCGUUCACAGAGCCUCCAUCAGAAGCUGUGAUUUAUGUGGCUAAGGAGUUCCCAACGUGGCAGAAAACCAUCCUGCAAAUCCUAGAGAAGAGCGCUAACGAGAACAAUGGCGCACUGCCGGAUAAUAAAACCAUCUCUCAAGUGAUCGCGAAAGAAGAAGCCGUUAAGAAGUUCCUCAAGAAAGCGAUGCCGUUUGUGCAGAUGGUAAAGGAACAGUAUGAGCAAAAAGGGAUGGCCGCACUGGCAACUGCAUGUGCAUUUGAUCAGGCUGCUGUUCUGCUUGAGAAUCGCGAUUAUAUUGAGAACUCCUUAGAACUCGAUCGAUUUACGAUCAAAUACACUGACGAAGCUGAUGUUGAACCGAGUAUAUCAGAAUCAGUUGUUCCCGGUGCCCCGUUGAUGCACUUUUACCCGCCAAGGGAGGGUGUCAACAUAAUUGCCAGAAAUAUACAUGUGGCAAAUGCGCUGUUCGAUGUGAAUGUGCAAGUUAUGGAUGGAGAUUCGGUGGCAAUAGUAGCUCGGAAGCUGCGGAGGCUGAAUAAGUCCAUCAAACCUCGAUUCAAUGUUUCCUUAUGGCGAUAUAAGGAUCCAGUUGGAGGCAAUAGGAAAAUGAUAAGCUGUCUUGAUCCUCUUGCAAUAAAUGAGAAGCUAGAAGAAAGUGCAAUUUUCUCUGUUGACACGGAAAAGAAAGAAGUUUUGGUUAGUGACAACGGAAAGUCAUAUCCCAUCGGUGAUACUAUCGUUUAUGUAGCGCAGCCAGUAGUGAGCGUAGUGCACGCUGAUGCUUGGUUGAAACUUUCGCUUCAUUCUCAUCUUCCUAGGUCGCCAUUCGGCGAUGAUCGGUGGCAAAGGUACUGAGAAAGAAUGCUGCGACAUGCCCGGACCAUCUGUUUCCAUAUUCCAACAAAUUGUUUCCUCUGCUACGGGUGCUGUAGUAACUUCAUUGCUGAUGACACCAAUGGAUGUAGUGAAAAUUAGGCUACAACAGCAGCACCAUCCCUUUCCAAAAGGACAGUGCUUCUAUUUUUAUAACGGCUUGAUGGAACAUGUGUGCACUGCAUGUGAGCAUCGUCAGCCAUGCGUGUGGUACCAACGGCCUGGUAAUUUCUCUGGGACAAUUGAUGCAUUUGUAAAAAUAACACGGGAGGAAGGCAUAAAGUCACUUUGGAGUGGCUUAUCACCUACGCUAGUCAUGGCUAUACCUGCUACCGUCUUCUAUUACUCUUUAUAUGACACUUUAUAUUCUAAAUUCAUGCAGAGGCUAUACCGUCGACGCAAGUUGACACCAGAAUUGUGGUGUCCACCCGAGUGGUCAGCAGCUACGGUUGCUGGUGCAACAGCGCGCACGACAGCAGCCACCAUUGUUAGUCCGCUGGAAAUGAUUCGAACAAAGAUGCAAAGCGAACAGCUAACUUAUCGAGAUAUCGGACGAGCUUUGAGAGUGACAGUAGCAAAGAAUGGCAUACGAGGCUUUUACCUAGGUUGGAUGCCCACGCUUUUGAGGGACAUCCCAUUUUCAGCUAUUUAUUGGGCGUUCUACCAAUAUUUCAAACGAAAUCUGCUAGCAUGGAGAAAUAUGGAACAAACGACGUUUGCAACCGCAUUUGCUUGUGGAGCUACUUCAGGAACGAUAGCGGCCAUCAUAACGACUCCGUUUGAUGUGAUGAAAACACAUCUUCAAAUAAAAUUGGGACAAGAGAACGCUGUAUGGCGAGUGCCUACGAAGAAAAUCAUUAAUGAAAUCAUCGAAAAUGGCGGUGGUGUUAGAGCGCUCUUUGCAGGAGUCGUGCCACGAGUUGUAAAAAUUGCUCCAUCCUGUGCCGUGAUGAUAGGAUCAUACGAGUAUUUCAAAGGAUAUUUUGCACGUCGUAAUCAGCGACAUUCUUUGACACAAUAGCCCAUACUUCGAUUCGUAGAUCAUUUCUAUUAGUGUAAGAGACCUGUAGCACAGAACAGAUUUUGAAGUAGAUUUUUGUACUGAUUGUGUAUGUGCAUACUUUUUUCUACCCUCUCACCUCAUUCAUAGAGAUGCUUUCCAUUUUAGAGCAUGUAUAGUCUGACUUUGAAUUUAAUUUGGUCCAGAUAUAUGAUUGACUCCACUAGAGCUACCUGUUGAUAUGAGAGUAGAAUUAUUGUUUGUUGUUUGUUGUUGAUUAGUGUAAAUGAAUCAAA